AUGGAGGUAAUAGAAGGAGAUGGAGGUGUUGGUACUAUUGUCAAACUUAUAUUUCCUCCAGGAACUCCUGGUGGUUACUUCAAGGAAAUAUUCAGGAUUAUGGAUGAUGAAAAACAGGUAAAAGAAACGGAAACGAUAGAGGGAGGAUACAAAGAUCUCGGCUUCGAUGUUUAUCGCAUUCGCUUUGAGAUCAUUGCGAAAGAUGCUGAAUCAGCCAUUAUUAGAUCCACUAUCAAAUAUGAGAUAGAUGACACAAAAGCCGAGCUCGUUUCUCUUGUCACCACCAAGCCACUGCAAACUAUGGCAGAAGAAAUUGGAAAAUAUGUUAGUGAGAAGAAAUCUGCUGUGUAA